UGUCGGUUACAGCCGGAGUAUAGGGGCAACAUAAUUAGCUCUGCACUAUUCUUAGCUAUGGUUUCGUAUUUGCUGUGGCGAAUGGCACUGCCCGAGUUGCCCCGGGAAAUAUAAAGCCAUUGUUUGUCCACUGUUUCCGACGCUCUCAAUUUGCAACACUAUCGAUACCAAAACAAAAUAUACUCAUUCACCAUGAAGCUGUACCUCUCCCUCCUCGUGGGCCUUUCUGCCAUCAAUGCCGCUCUUGGCAACGAGGCCACUUGCUCCGGAGAUGCCGAGCUAGUCAACCAACAUCAGGGACAGAAAUACACGCAGGAAAUCGCCAGCCAAACCAAUUCGGAGACGGUUCGCGUGUUGCACCCGGGUGACGUUGCUACUAUGGAUCUCCGGCCCGGAAGGUUGAAUGUCCAUGUCGAUGAAAAUGAUGCUAUUCAAAAGGCUACUUGUGGUUAACCGGGUUUCAUGAUGCUGGUGUGGAAUUGAAAAAUAACUUUAAUUUUACUUCAUAUACAUAUUUCAGUACAUUGUCAAUACAUUUCUUGGGUGGUGGCUAGGUCUCUGUCACAGCCAACCAUUUCAGCAGCUCACAUGCAGUGGAGUAGUAAUUGUGAUGAUUGAAGAAAUCCAAGACGUAUUCUCACUCUCCGAACACUUUCCAAUCUAUU